AUGCUGAAGGUAGACGAGGCAGAUGAUAAGGAACAGCUCACAACCUUCAAGGUAGGUUUGAAGUCCAGAAAUUUCGUGGCUUCCUUGGCCAAAAAUCCCCCCAAGACGAUGGCAGAGGUGUUAUUGAAAGCACAGAAGUAUAUGAACACCGAAAAAGCUCUGGCAGCCAUUGACGGAGCAGAAAAGAGCAAAGAAAAGAAGAAGAAGAAGGAGGAUGAUCGAAGAGGGCAAAAGAGAGAUAGAGCAGAUCAACGUAAUGAUGAAGGGAAUAGACGGAAGGAGGAAAAAAACCCUCGUCCAGUGAAGCUCACAUCGUUAGUGGUGCCUGUCGACCAAAUUCUGACCGAAAUAAGAGACGAACCUUCUCUUAAAUGGCCAAGGCCACUCCAUUCAUCACCAAAUUUACACGACAAGAGGAAAUACUGUCGUUUUCACAAGGAUCAUGGGCACUACACAGAGGAUUGUAGAGAUCUGAAGGAGCAGAUUGAAGAACUCAUAUGGAAAGGAAAACUAUAA